UGCCCCUUCUUACUACUCCUCUCCUACUAUAUGCAUUCAGUUUUUUUUGGCCAUAAAAAUGGAAGCUUAAAGAUUGCCAUAUUAUUCCUUUUCAAAUAGGGUUACUUCUACUUAAUAUCAUACCUCUAUUCAGUACAUACAAAAUAUACAAAAAAGUUGAACUCUCUGAUAUAGCGAAAAGGAAACUCAAAUAUAUAUUCUCAAAAAAAAUAUUGAACUGAAAGAAAAGAUAGCUUUUACUCCACGAGAUCCAAAAGCUUGACUUUCAGCUGUCAAUCACAAUAAUCGAGUCAAAAUAUAAAUAUGCGCUGAAAGUUAAAAAAAAAAAAGAAAAUAAUUUGGGCAGGGAAAAGAAAGGUUUGACCGAAGAGUUCGAGGACAUUGGCACGGAAACUUGAGGGAUACUUCUGCUUCCUUUGGUUAAAUUGCAGCAGCAAGAUCCUGAAAGGGAUAAGGAGAAAAAAAAAAGGUACUAAAGAGAAAACGAAGAAACAAAAGAAGAGAAGUGUUUGUGCAAGCUAGCUAUAAUACUUGUGAAUGGCUUCAUCUUCUUCAUCUACAUUAUCAUCCUACUCACCAUGUGCAGCAUGUAAAUUCCUACGUCGAAAAUGCCAGCCAGAAUGCGUGUUUGCUCCUUAUUUCCCACCAGAUCAACCCCAGAAAUUUGCAAAUGUUCACAAAAUAUUUGGAGCCAGUAAUGUGACAAAGCUGCUCAACGAAUUGCAGCCUCACCAAAGGGAAGAUGCCGUCAACUCUCUCGCUUAUGAAGCUGACAUGCGCCUCCGCGACCCCGUCUAUGGUUGCGUUGGCGUCAUUUCGCUUCUUCAACACCAGCUUCGACAGCUCCAACUUGACCUUAGCUGUGCCAAAUCUGAGCUUUCCAAAUACCAAAACAUAGGAGGAGGCAUUGCUAGUACGAACAGUUAUAGCCUCUUGGCAGCAGGCAAUCAGCAUAAUCUGGGGUUCAAUUUUAUGGGAGGAGGAGGGGGUGGGAGGCCGGACCUUAACCACCACCUCUAUCACCAUCAGUUUUUCCCCAGAGAUCAGCAGCAACAACAACAACAACAAAUUAUACGAAGAUUUGAAAGAGGAAGUAAUAAUUUUGGAGUUUGACUUCUAUACAGUGAGAAAUUAUUUGUUUGAAGGUAAAAUUAUGUUGAGAUUAUAUACAUAGAUUAUAAUAUAUUGAGAUUAAUAAUUUCUGAAUUAUUCAGUACGUAUGAUCAUCUGUUUAUAAGUUCAUUAUAAUGAAGAAAAAAAAUUUAUACAGUGUACAAGAUUCUAAA